CCCUCGGAUGCUGCAGUGAAAGGAAGAGCUGCUUUAGAUGGAUAGCCCGGAGUGGUAAUAGAGCUCUGAAUGCAUCCCUGCCCUUUAUGCAUUUCUCUUUCUGACACUCUGUAAUUAUUUUUGGUCCCCGUUUUAUUGGUGGGGCUGCGAAUCAUGGCUUUGGAAGGGUGUUGAAGGUGUGAUCCCUUAAUGUAACGCCAAACAGUGGGAUUUGGGCACCUGAAUACCCUAUGGCUGAUGUUUUGGAAGGCACCUCUCCUUUGAGCACAGGGAUGUUCAUAACUCAUUUGGGAACAGAGGUUUUGCCUCCUGAGUCCAGCUGACCACUGUUCCUUUCUUCGCACAAUUCCAGCCUGGCUUUGGUGGGGUGACAUCCCUUUCUCUCUUCAGUUAUUCCCUGCUCUUUUCACAGCUCUGGUGUUCUGCCUGAUUAGCAAUCGCUGCUCUGACGUGGCAGAGCCGGCGCCUGGGUUCCAGCAGCCUCCAAACCCCAGGGAAGCGGCUCUGGCUAAUGGUGCGUGGCUUUCCAGCAUCACGUGCUGCUCCUCCAGCUUCACUUCCAGGGCUCAGGUGCCACUGAUGAUUUGUGACAGAGAAAAGAAAGUGACCCAAAAGUGUCAGUUAAGAAACAGAUCCCUGGCAUCCCACCCUGUGGAUUAGUAGCAAACAGGCAUAUCAUCUAGAUAUUUCCAGAAAGUGCCUCGAGGAAGCUUCCUUAUGUAGAGAAACCCCACAAGGAGCACACGGCGCUUCCUGGCAACUCGUGAAGCGAAAGCUGUCACGAUGGCAGAAAACAAGGACAGCGGCGCUAAAAAUGCAGACGUGAGGCCCAAAAGCAGCCGGAGCAGGAGCGCCGACAGGAAGGACGGGUACGUCUGGAGCGGGAAGAAGCUUUCCUGGUCCAAAAAGAGCGAGCACUGUCCCGAUGCCGAGACGGCAAGCGCUGGGGGAAGAGCGGGGACUAAUUUAAGGAGCCAAGAGAGGAAAUACAGCUGCUCGUCCAUCGAGCUGGAUCUCGACCGCUCCUGCGGCCACAGGAUUUUGGGCCGCUCCCUCAAGCAGAAGCUCCAGGAUGCUGUGGGCCAGUGCUUUCCCAUCAAGAACUGCAGCAGCCGGCACGCCUCGGGCCUGCCAUCCAAAAGGAAGAUCCAUAUCAGCGAGCUGAUGCUGGAUAAGUGUCCUUUCCCCCCGCGCUCGGAGCUGGCGUUCCGCUGGCACCUGAUCAAAAGGCACACGGCCCCCAUAAGCCCGAAAGCAGAGGAGUGGAUAAUUGCCGAUUUAUCCCAGCACGGGGAGAGGGAGGACCGGGGUGGGGACGACGAGGUUGCCAAUGGGGGAAUGGACUCUCCCUCCCCGUCCUGCGACUUCGCCGACAGCGGCUCCUCCCGGGGGGACGCGAGGCCCGAGCUGGCCGCAGGUAAGGUGACGAGGAGCAGCAGGGAGGAGAGCGACAUGGACUCCGAUGACGAAGUUAUAACCCUGUGCACGAGUUCCAGGAAAAGGAACAAGCCCAAGUGGGAGACGGAUGACGAGCUGCUGCGGAUGGAAACGCCCCCGAAAUACCACACGCAGAUCGAUUACGUCCACUGCCUCGUCCCAGACCUCCUCCAGAUCAAUAACAACCCCUGCUACUGGGGAGUCAUGGAUAAGUACGCGGCCGAGGCGCUGCUGGAGGGAAAGCCCGAGGGAACGUUUUUGCUGCGAGAUUCCGCCCAGGAGGACUAUCUGUUUUCCGUGAGCUUCAGGCGCUACAGCCGCUCCCUCCACGCGCGGAUCGAGCAGUGGAACCACAACUUCAGCUUCGACGCCCACGAUCCUUGCGUCUUCCACUCCCCCGACAUCACGGGGCUCCUGGAACACUACAAAGACCCGAGCUCCUGUAUGUUCUUUGAGCCACUUUUGUCCACUCCCCUGAACAGGACCUUCCCUUUCUCCCUUCAGCACAUAUGUAGAACGGUCAUUUGCAACUGCACAACUUACGACGGGAUCGAUGCGCUUCCCGUUCCUCCCUCGGUGAAGCUGUACCUGAAGGAAUAUCACUACAAGUCAAAAGUUAGAGUGCUCAGGAUUGAUGUGCCAGAGCAGCAAAGCUAGAAAAUAUUUUUGUGAAAGAGGUUGCCUCUGAAAGGAAUUGUGUCUGAACAGGCAAUAGUAUGUUCCCUCUUUUUUUCCAUCUAGGUUUGGGGUUUUUUUUUUAAUAGCAAUUUGUUUUGGUUUUUUUUUUUCCUUUUUUCCCCUGCAGAUUAUUUACCACCCAAACUAGUUUCUGUCUAAGGCUCUUUUCUCCAAAUGUACUUUGAGUCUUCCCAGCUCCCUUUUUUUGAGAAAUUAUAUUCAUUGUGGGCUUUUGGUACUGUUCCCAGAUUAGAGUUUGAUGGAAUUCCAGGUAGACUUUCUGGUAUUUCUAUAGAUGGAUAGCCGUUAGGUCUGAAAACCCCUAAAAAAUCAGUUUUGGACUGGAUCUGUCUUUUCUAUUGUAGUUGACACGUGUUGCUGACAUGUUUGAAAUAAUGCAGUGUUAACUAAAGAUUGACUCAUCUGUA